CUAUUCUUACCAACCAGUGGUUUUCUCAAACUGUUGCCAACACUGUAAAUAACAUAAAGUUCAUAUCAUUCAGACGCGGCUAUCUUCACAUAACAUUCUACAUGUGCGGCUGCCUUGUUGUUUGCGGUUAUGUAUACGGCUUUUGACAUCAAAUUAUUUUAAAUAAUAUUCCUGUACAAUAUACUUAGAAUGCCGUCCCAGGUUGAACCAAGGAGUCGAAUUAUAAAAACUUUAAUUGCAGAAAAGCGUAAAGCAUUAAAAAUAGGUAAAACCAAAGCAAUUCGCACCCAUCCUAAGCAAUGUAAAAAAAGUGCAACAACUUCAGUGCCACGUGCUAAGCCAGCUACUGUUUCUAUCAAUUCUCAUCUAGAAAAUGAAAUACUGGAGACCGGAAGCUCACAGCCAACAGACAGAAUAAUUCCUUGUGUAACAAGGAGUAAACUGAAAAGUGUUGAAAAGCUCCUUAAGGGAUACCACAUUGAUGAAAAAACCGCCAAACUUGAGCAUUGUGUGUCUAGACUAAAUAAUUGUGAAGCAUCUGAUUAUCACUUCUUGAGACUGCAUUUUGUAAGAGCUGCUAUUGUAGACGCACUGAUGAAUAGGAAAUGGAAUUGCCUGCUUAAGCUAGUCAUAAAACUGAGCAAAAAUUACAUGGAUCCAGUAUAUAGAAUGUUCAUUAGGAAUAUGUGCCAGAUAUUGAAGCAGUAUCAUCCGUCCAUCAGGGGUACACAAGCAGCCGAUCAACUGGAUUUAAUAUUUCAAAAACACGAAGAUAAUCGACAUAAAAGACACAAUAUUACCAACAUUGUUUGAUAUGAUGGCAUGAUUAAUACAGCUGACCCACUAUAUUUCUUUUACAUCGAAUAUUCAUCAUGGAAAAAGUUUAAAGUGGGUUGCAUCAACAAAUGAUGCAUGUUCAGGUUGUGAGAAACGUGGAAUUCGGGUAUUCAAACCCAUAUCCGUCUGAUUGGUUUCAUAGGUAAAAUAAUAAGCUUUAAUGAUAAAUUAAUAACAAAAAAUUAAUUAAUUAAAACAUGGGAACUUGAGAGUCAUGGAACAUCAAAUUUAUUAGGACAUCUGAGAUUCAAUGACGAUAGGAAUCCAGAGGUUCAGCAGCGCCUCGAAAAGUUUGUCGCAUGGUUUACAUAAUGGGUCUUGUAACUUAAAUGGAAAAAUGUUUCGAAACCACCAUGUUUAUCCGAAAUUUUUUGCUUUUGCUUUUUGCUUUGCUUAAUCUUCAUCAUGAUUUAAAAUUCGGAUUUCUAAAUUAUGAGUUAGCACAGGCCUUUGCAAUAACUAUUCGGUCGAAUAUAUCGAUGCAAAAGUACGUGGAAGAGGUGGAUUUAAUGCAAAUCCAACCUGUAUAAUCUAUCGAUUAGCAUUUCGUUAUAUUUUAACAACAUAAUUUAUUCAUAAUGGUAAAGGAAACGUUACGUUUCAAGAUUCGCGCUCUUUAAUAGAAUCGAGUAGUAAAGAUGUUUGUUAUAUGAAAAAUUUUGAAAAUUUAACCCACGACAUAGAUUUACUUAAGAGUACGAAUCAAAGGAUUUGAAGGAAAUUCAGGCUGCUGAUUCGAUGGAUUUGUAAAUGAAUGUAUGGCAAUGGCGGAUAAGGAUAUGUUUGAAUCAAAUGAGAUAACUUUAUUUGCUGAUUAUAGAGCUAAAAAAUAAAAUAAAAAAGUAAAAUAUCUUGAAUGUAAAAUAUUUUCAUGAAAUAUGUAAACUCUUCAACCACAGACAAUGAACAAUAUACUAAAUACAGAGAGUAUUCGCAUUCCGAUUCGGACACUCCAAAUCAUGUAGGUACUUGACGAGACCAAUAUAAGUUUUACUUUUACUUACUACAAAUGUAGCAAAUUGUCAAAGGAGCAUUUCACAUGUAUCAUGAAAGUGAAUAAUAAAUAACAAAAGUUUUUGCUAAGAACAAUAUUAUCGAUAAAAGCCAGAAAUUAAAGAAUUUAAAAAAUGUCUAAACAUACAUUUAUUUCUUGUUGAAUUUUCUUAGCUUACUGUUUUUGAAUAUAUUAUGUAUGUAUAAUGUUAAGAAAAUUUAAGUAAUUAAAUGUAAGAAAUGUUAAAGCAGCCCGUAUAACGCAAAUAAUUAUUUAAUUACAAAUGUGAAAAAUUAAAUAAAUUGGCUUUAACGUUA